ACUACUGCUGCUGCCUCAAGCAAGCUGAAAAUUCAGGCUCUUCUCUCUCCAUCUCUCCUAUUGCAGGCACAUGCUGGCAAGUAUUGAGAGCAAUAGCAGCAGCAGCAGCAGCAGCAACCUCACUGGCAUUGACGGAACUAGGAGCAGCCUUAGAGAACCCCCUCCUGUGGCAUCAUCAAGUGUCAGUUGCAAGCAACCAUUGGACGCACGCUGACGGGACCGCCUCUGACGGGCAGCCUUUCUCGAAUCGUUACCCAGGGACAGCAGCUCCAAGAUGGGAUGCUCCUCAGGCCGCCAGACCCCUGCCCCGGUCCUUCACCCGGACUUGGUUUGCGGCAGGAACGAGGCCAACAACUUACCCCAGGACUCGGAGAACCAGAACCAGGGUUUGAAUAGCUGCGCGGAAGGAAGUGUUGGAAGAAACCCAGCCAAACUGCCAGAGUCUGUCCCCACGCUGGAGAGACUGGCCCAGGCUACAGGCGGGACAGAAAAGUCCUGGUACCGCUGCGUGUUCCCGUUUGGCGUGAUAUCACUCGUGAUUGGCAUGGCAGGCACCGGGGUGACGUUCACUUUUGACACGCUGCUCCAGACCAAAGUGGUGUCAGUGGCACUGCUGUGUGCCGGCUUUGUGAUGCUGCUCGUUGCAGCCGUUUGCUGGAGGGCCCACAGACUGAGGAGGAGAAAAAAGAAGGAGAGUGGAUUCUUCACCACUGAUCAGGGUACUUUGUGAGGGACGGGCGGACUUCAAAUCCUUGUUAGUCAGGACAGAGCACUUGAAGUUGGACUUUUUGUAAACAAGAAAGGGAACUCAAUAAGAAGAAUGUGAUGCAGCUAUGUCCAUGCUUUUCUUCUAUGCACUAGGACAGAGUAAUAGAUAACUUGAUUAAUUAUGGAAACAUUGUGCCAGGGAAAAGUCCACCAUCACCAUCCUGAGCAGAUACACAGUAUGUGUCACACAAAAACUCUCCCUCUCCUGUUCUUUGUUUGCCCUUCUUUAUAAUGGAUUACUUGAGGAUCCAGUGGAGUACAGAACACACUAUAGAUUAUUACUCCAAGACUGGCCUCAUGUGUGAGGGAAACUUGCGAGAGAUAGGCACCUCAGGAACAGGAACCUUACUGGUUCUAUAUCUGCAGUUUGACAGUGCACAUUCUCCCUAAUGAGGUGCGUCUGUGUGGGAUCUGAGGUGUUAUCUACAUUCAGUCCAGCAUAUGUCAGAAGUCAUCAUAGCAACACUCUUUAAGAAAUUGUCAGAUGUUUGUGUUUGUGCAUGCUAGUCCAAUUGGUUUAGAGAGGGCUAAUAUUUUUCCUACCAAGGAAAUCUUAGUGGUUAGUGGUCAGAACCACAUAUUUGCAACUUUCAAACCUGAUUAAUGAAACACAGUUUCAUUCUCCCCACAAAACCACAGCUAAGUUGCAUUUCUGCACUUCAC